CCACCUCAUUCAAAAAUGGACUUUUCUAUUUACAGGGUGGUUGGACAAAGCACAGAAAGAUCAGUAAUAAAGAAGCCAAGAAAACCUUCCUAUCAUUGCCAACACAAAUGGACAUACAGAGAUUACCCAGAGUGUCCAAAGUGGCAUCAGACUGCUCUGAGACUGAUGGGCAUUGUACUUGUUAUAUUGGUGGCCACAGUGAUAGUACUGAUCAUUUGGGAAAACAGCAGGACAAUGCAAACUCUGCAGAAAACUUAUGCCCUAAUGAUUGGUUGCACAAAAAAGGGAAAUGCUAUAAAUUUUUCAUGAAUUUUAAAUCAUGGAUUGAUAGCCAAAAGUUAUGUUCACUGAAAAAGUCACAUCUUUUGGUGAUAGAAGACAAGGCAGAGCUGGAGUUCAUACAAAGUAAUAUACAAGUUGGAAACCACUUUUGGAUUGGGUUAAACAUUACACACCCACAGAAGGCAUGGACCUGGCUGGAUGGCACACCAUUAAAUCUACAGUUAUUUCAAGUCACAGGCCAGAUUAAAGAGAAUGUCUGUGCUCUGAUAACAAAUAACGGUGUAUUUUCUGAAAGUUGUCUGAUGGAAAGUUUCUGGAUUUGUCAAGAAGUGAUUUCUUCAUCCAUAGAAAACAAACUGAAUUGAUCAUAGGUCACCAGUUAAGUGUCCUUUGGAGGAAAACACUUCCUUGAACAGUUUCCACUUCAGAGUGAAUUGAAUAGAUUUCAUAUACAUUCUCACAGCUCCCUGUUCAUACCUAAUUCUAACAGUCAGCACCCUAAUCAUUUUGGAUUUUGUAUUUUUUAAUGUGUCAUAAGCUUUGUAGACUCAGUAAUCCUCAUCAUUGUGUGGAACAAUGAACCUGAUGUAUGUAAUACUUGAAUAAAUACUUGUGGUGUCCA